ACCACAAGAAUCAUUAGUAAUAGAAAAAAAUCAAGAAAUUAACCAAAACAAAAAAUGGCAAAGAAUGUUGGACUCGUCAUCUCAACUAUAUGCUUUUUAGCCUUUGCAGGCGUCAUUCAUUGCAUCCCCCAGAAAUUCAAUGUGGAGGGCAAGGUCUAUUGUGAUACUUGUCGCGUCCAAUUUGAAACUAGAAUUAGUCAAGACCUUCCAGGGGCAAUCGUGCAAUUGAAUUGCAGAAAUAUAGACAACCGAACCCUAACAUACUCUGUACAAGGGAUGACUGAAGCUGGUGGAAGGUACUCCUUGACGGUUGAGGGAGACCAUGAGAAAGACAUUUGUGAUGUUACAGUGGUGAAGAGCCCAAGGGAGGAUUGCAAAGAGACAGUGGCGGGACUGGAAAAGGCUAGGGUCAUUUGCACUAGCAACGUUGGAAUUCAGGGCUCAACUCGCCAUGCUAAUCCACUCUUCUUCAUGAAAGACAAGGUUGAUGCAGAGUGUCCGAAGGUCAUGCAAGAAAUUGCUUACAUCCCCGAGGAAGGAAGUGACUUUCAUGUGUAAGUGUACCAUACUUGUUACAUUGUAUGAACAACAACUUUGCCUCUUUUUAAUGUUGCCAAGAUGAUUGGCAUAUCUUGUGCAAGUGUACCAUACUUCAUUUGAUUGAAUAAAUUAUGAUUUCAUGAAGACCUUUUGUU